UCCCAUCUUGAGCUUGCAGCUUUAUUGUCCUCAAGACCCCGCCACCCAUCCGUAUCCCUUCUACCACUCUUAGCCGCCCUUCAACAGCUCGAUAGCUUGACAGCAAUGACCUUGACAGCCACGACUGUCCGCCACGAAAGACAGUACACGUUAAAAGUGAGCAUGGAUUCAGCAGCUGAUAAGGAAGAAAGGAAGCGCGAGUACAACCGACUCGCCCAGCGGGAAUUCCGCCGCCGGCGCAAGGAACACCUCAAGAGUCUCGAACAGGCACAAAAGGAGCAAAGUUCGGAAAGGGCCGAGGAAAUUCAACGCUUGCGAUUUCAAAACGAAGAACUUAAAAGGGAAAAUGACGCUCUACGCGCGCAAAUCUACAGCACCUCCUCUACAGGCCAUCUCAUGUCUAAUGCAACUAUGGACAACCGGCAAUACUCGCUCUCACCAUCCGUCUCAGGUACAUCACUCUCCGGUACCGGCAGCCCCCCCAAUCUAGUAGGACCAGAUAUGCUUCCAAUGGGGAAUCUUUCCAUGUCAGCGUCCAUGAUGACUCCAUCGCUGCAAGCUUAUACAGAACAUGACUUGUCGACACAGUCAUACUCACUGGUACAUUCAUCAGGUAUCCGUCAGAAUUCCCAAAGCUCACCUGAACCAUCAGGAUAUCGAAGUUCUCGGCCUCCACUGGGGCCCACUUUUCAGCCCAUGAAAGUCGAGGUUUCCGCACUUCCACCAUCUUUGCAACGACCAUCUAUCAUGAGUCAGCCAUCGCUUCCGGCUCUAGUUCCAUAUGACCGGAAUAAGGCGCGCAUGGAGCUCUAUGAUUUAUUCAAACCUUUGUGUUCCGACCAGACCAUCAUCACAGAUUCGCAGCGCCACCUCGCAAUACUCAGAUCUCUCCGUGAUAUGCUUCCGAACCCGUUGAAACCGGUAAAAAUACAAAUGGAAAGUCCACACUUCUACGGAAUUGAUAUGAUAGCUUCACCAUCUCUGCGCGAACGGCUUAUGACCGUGACUUUAGACCUUGCUCGCAGUUUUGUCGAUGAGCUCGGCAUUCUCAAAUCCGAGGUAGGUAGCAAUCACCCCAUUACUAUCUGGGGAGACAACCCUUUGGACGAGAUGUCUUGGGAACUAUCGCGCCCGAUGCUCGAGCGAUGGGGAUGGCUAUUGGGGAGCGAAUGGAUACAUCGUACAAACUUUUGGAGACGACAACGAGGGACGCACUUGUUGCCAGAGUGGUGA